AUGGAGUCCCUUCUCAAAGUUCCACUUAUCCUCUCGUCUGCUAUCGCGCUGCACGUAUCGUUCACGACCGAAAAUGUCCCUUCGAGUAAAGAGGUUAUUCGUCAAACGUUCAACGAGUGGAUCUUCACUCGGCUCGUUAAAUAUGGAACCAUGCACCAGGCAUUUUAUUGGGCUGUUUCUUUCGCAGAAAUCGCUAUCAUUAUCUAUCAUUCAACAGACCCCAACUCUAUUUCCAUAAUACGUGACACACCUAUUAGUUUCCUUUUCAUUUUCGGUACUGCCCUCGCUGUCACGGGUGGUCUUAUCCGCUGGUGGUGUUAUCGUACCCUUGGUCGUUUUUUCACUUUCCAGCUCAGUAUUCGCGAAGGGCAACACAUUGUAACGACCGGACCAUACGCAGUCAUACGUCAUCCAGCCUAUACAGCCGGCAUGAUGGAGGUCAUCGGCAUAUUGAUCCUGCACGGAUCAACUGAUUCAUGGCUUAGACGUUCAGGGGUUUUGGAUGUCCCUGGACUGAAAGUGAUCGUGGUAGCAUGGCUGGUGGAGAUCACUCUUCUUAUGAUAAGCGUUGUGUUCAGGGUCAGCCAAGAGGACCAAGUUCUGAAAUCAACUUUCAGAGGCGAGUGGGAAAAGUGGGCGAAGGCAGUCAGGUACCGGCUGAUACCUGGUAUCUACUAA